CGGAAUUUUUAAAAUUAUGGUCAAACCGAUUAAGGAUUGGUGCAGAAACUGCCAUGGCCUUGGACUAUCUACACUCGCUUGCUGUCCCACCAAUCAUUCACAGAGAUGUCAAGUCCACCAACAUUCUAUUGGAUGAAAACCACACUGUCAAAGUUUCUGAUUUUGGGUCUUCUGUAUUGAUUCCGCCUGGUCAAAGUUUUGUUGCGACAAAAGUACAAGGAACUCUUGGCUACUUAGAUCCGGAGUACCUAAUUACUAGUGUUCUUACUGUAAAGAGCGAUGUUUAUAGUUUCGGGGUUGUACUUAUGGAACUCUUAACCGGAUGGUUUCCAAAGCCAAACCCAAAUUCUGAUGAAAAUAGGAACACUAACAUCAUUCAGUAUUUCAUUACCUCGGUGGAACAGAAAAAAUUCUCACAGGUUUUGAAUAACUAUGAGGUUAGUAACGUACGGGAAGGUGAGCAAAUUGAAGCGGUGGCUGAGCUUGCUGUGAGAUGUCUCAAUAGGAGUGGCAUUGAACGACCUACAAUGAAGGAGGUUGCUGAUCAACUCCUUGGUCAUAUGAGAUUGCAAGAGACCUUCCACGCUCAAGAACAGCCUGAAGAGACUGAGAGCUUGUUAGGCCACAUGACCAACAUAAAUGAUGACAUGUUUGACUCAGACUUGGAAAACAAUUACAAGACAUGUUAUGAUAUUGAACUACAAGACAUGUUUUGAUAUUGAACUCCCAUAACCGAGUAACUCUACUGUCCCAGAAAAAGAGAUAGAAAAGUUAAUUGUUAUAUUGUGAGGUUUAUAUAUAAAAUAAAUUUUGA